GAGUGAACUUUUCCCUUGGCAACAAAAUAGCAACACACGUGAAACGUCAACCGCGAUAGGCUACAUCAUACGUGCGGUGGACUGCCAGCCGAUCGUAAUUUAUACUUAGAUCUAAUAUCGGGAAAUCUGCUGAAAAUCCAACCAGUACAAGAUGAGUUCAAGACAAGUUUUACAAGUCUUUGAGCAGUACCAGAAGGCAAGGACGACCUUUGUUCAAACAAUUGCUGAAUUGGCCUCACGAUCCCAGAACAUUGAGCUUCUACAAAAUGCUGGUGUGAUGUCACUACUGCGGCCGCUGUUGUUGGAUGUUGUUCCCACUAUCCAGCAGACAGCAGCUUUGGCACUGGGGCGUCUAGCCAAUUACAACGAGGACUUAGCUGAAGCAGUGGUCAAGGGAGACAUCCUCCCACAGCUUGUCUAUUCCUUGGCCGAACAAAAUAGGUUCUACAAGAAGGCGGCUGCCUUUGUGCUGCGUGCUGUAGCCAAGCAUUCCCCUGAGCUAGCUCAGUCUGUGGUAGACUGCGGUGCCCUAGAUGCCCUGGUCAUCUGCCUGGAGGAAUUUGAUCCUAGCGUUAAGGAGUCUGCCGCCUGGGCUUUGGGCUACAUUGCAAGGCACAAUGCUGAGCUGGCACAGUCAGUGGUGGAUGCAGGAGCCGUUCCCUUGCUGGUCCUGGGUAUUCAGGAGCCUGAACUCUGCUUGAAGCGUAUCGCUGCCUCAGCCCUGAGUGACAUCUGCAAGCACUCCCCAGAGCUGGCUCAGACGGUGGUGGAUGCUGGCGCUAUAGCUCACCUGGCACAGAUGAUUCUCAACCAAGACCAGAAACUCAAGCGUCAAGUUUUCUCAGCCCUGAGCCAGAUCUCCAAGCACUCGGUGGACCUAGCCGAGAUGGUGGUGGAAGCCGAAAUCUUCCCAGCGGUCCUGACCUGCCUGAAGGACAAAGAUGAGUACGUGCGCAAGAACGUGGCCACACUGAUCCGAGAGAUUGCCAAGCAUACACCUGAGCUGUCACAGCUGAUCGUCAAUGCCGGCGGUGUGGCUGCUGUGGUAGACUAUGUUGGGGAGUCAGAGGGUAACGUGAGACUGCCUGGAGUGAUGAUGUUGGGCUAUGUGGCUGCACAUUCUGAGAACUUGGCUAUGGCAGUCAUUGUAUCUAAGGGCGUGACUCAGCUUGCUAUCGCCCUUGCUGAGGAGCCCCAAGACCACAUCAAGGCUGCCACUGCCUGGGCACUGGGCCAGAUAGGCAGACACACCCCGGAACAUGCCAAGGCAGUGGCUGUGGCCAAUGUGCUGCCAAGACUCCUGCAAUGCUACCUUAGGGCCGAUGCUUCUGAAGAUCUGCAGACCAAGGCCAAGAAGGCCCUGAAGAACAUCCUGCAGAAGUGUGUGCACCUGCCAGCCUUAGAGCCUCUCCUGCAUGAUGCCCCAGCUAACAUCCUCAAGCAUGUUGUGGGCCAAUUCAGCAAGGUGCUGCCCCACGACGCUGCCGCCCGCCGCCUCUUUGUCACCAGUGGCGGGCUGAAGAAGGUGCAGGAGAUCAAGGCCGAGCCUGGAAGUGCCCUGCAUGAGUACAUCAACACCAUCAAUAACUGCUUCCCUGAGGAGAUUGUCAGGUACUACUCCCCAGGGUACUCAGAGGCCUUGCUGGAGAGAGUUGAACAGUACCAGCCAGUUGCUUAGAUAACACCCCCUCAACAGGAACAUACAAAGAGACUCCAUGGAGGCAGUGUCCAAUAUAUCCCUGCAAGAAUGUUUAUUCCUCUGUUGUAUGGACUGUGCAGAAGUGUAGCAAGUAUGAGCAGGCAAGAGUUCUGAGUUGCUGGCUUUGGGUUUUAGUUCUGAUAUCUGUUUGAAUCACAUUGUGUAAGGUACUUUCUUCUCAAGAUCAAUAUUGCUAAGCAUUACAGUUUCUGUAUACCCCUCCAUAAAAAUUUGUGUUACUGUAAAGAGCACAGAAAGGUUGUCAUGAGCUGUGUGCAAACACUGCAGUAUGUUUUCACACAAACAUCAGAUGGUGUAGCAACAGUUGACACUCACUCAGUCAGAUCUUGAUUGCAACACACGCUGUAUACAUUGUACACCACUAAACAGGGCUUCAAUUUAGAAGGACAAAAAUCAUGUCGCCUGCUGCAGAAGCAAACUUUAAGUGCUGCUUGUUAGGUCCAGUGAUGUUGACUCACGUAACACCUAGCCCAAACAGUUGUGAAGACUUGUUAGUUAUCUCAGAAUUCUUAGUUAUCUCAGAAUUCUUAGUUAUCUCAGAAUUCUUAGUUAUCUCAGAAUUCUUCGUUAUCUCAGAAUUCUUAGUUAUAUCAGAAUUUCAGUUGCUCAUUUUUGCUAGCACUUCUCCAGUUGCAAACUUGGGUUUCAUCAAAUCACAAUGUCAGGAAAUUAAAGUUGUGUCUGAAGAAAUCGGAAUUAUUGGGUCACUUUGCUAGAUCCUAAGUAACACUCCAAGUGUAAGUUUUCCCAAACAGUGAAAGAUGAUAAUAAACUGAUCUAAUUUUUAAUGUGAUUAAAUUCUCUUGUGAGAGGAAUGCCUAUGAAGGUUAACAGUUUCGAGAGUUGCAUUCAUAAUUUUGCAUUUUUUUUUUCAAGAAAAAAAUAUCAUUGUUUAUAGACUUCCUAUACAUUGUAUUUACUUUCUUUGUAAAAUAGCCCUCGGUGACAAAUUCUUCAAGUUGUUUGAAACAUCCACCUGUUAAUUGAAGGCAACAAUUAAUUUGACCAGAGAUUACAUGUUUAACCGGCUUGUGCCUGUAAGAGCCCAGACUCUUUGUGCUCAAAUUUUGUAUCUCACAAUUCCGUCCAUUUAGAAAGUUUGCAUGAUGUUUUUACAUUACUAAUAACCUGAAUAUUUAAAGUAUUGUGUCGUUCAUUUGUAUAUACUUUUGGCUUUUUGGAGUAAUAUUAUUUCUCAGAAACCUAUUUUGGAAAGCACUAUUUUGUAGUGUCUUCCAAGUUCAUCUAUCCCCUUGAUGUGGUAGUAGACAGAACUGUGUACAUGUGUAUCAAUUAUUUUUCAAAUAUACUGAUGGUUUGAAUAAAACAGUGUCGUAUUCAUGAUUUUAGUUCCAAAA